AUGCCACCUGGGCCUGCGUUUGGAUGGCUUUGCGUUCUCCACUCAGUCACAGAUAUUGCUGUUCGUGCAGCACAGAUCAGAGCCUCCCAGGUUUUUACUGUCAGACUUGUUGUAUCUCCGGAGUUCGUUUUGCGCAAGAGCAAGACAGAAGAGCAUCAGUUGACAUCACAGCCUGCAUGUGAUGCUCAAGCUAACCACGAUUCUUCAAAAUCACGCACAAAUCACGCGUUUUUUACCAACCCCCCGAGUAACAAUACUUACCUGUCUCAUCCCGAGGAACGGCGAGAGGAACUGACACCAUCACCGCCUCGGUUUGAAGAGGAUAUCCCGUCUGAGCAGUUUUCGCCCACUGCCAAUAUCCCUCUCUCUACUGAGUCUGCCUUAGAACCUCAACUACACAGUCAUCCCAGCCUUGCGGUUUCUUCUAUUCCACUUGAGGCAGAGAGUUCCUUGAAAAUAGCGUCUUCUUCCGAAGUCACGUUCGACUCUAGUCCUCCUUCCAUACCCACAGGAUUUGAAAACGAAAUAGAAAGUUCUGUACCCCCAGAUUUAGAGCCCCCAGAAAAAGCCCUAUCCGAACCCAUAGACUCUCCUAUACUCUCACGCAACCUCCAAUCAUCCAAGGUCCCUUCGUCCAGACUUGGUCGGUUAUUUCACUAUGGCGGCCUUGCAGCAUCGCUCUCGUACGGCGCUGCUUCCGAGCUCUUACGUCGCUCUACUGCAUCCCAUGCAAACAACACACAACCAGUCAUGCUAACUGAAGCAAACAUAACCCGUUUGGUAUCCAAGCUCUCUCAGAUGCGGGGUGCUGCACUAAAGCUCGGCCAGUUCAUGAGCAUUCAAGAUACCCACCUCCUACCCCCAGAAGUUGACAAAAUAUUCCGCCGCGUUCAAGACAGCGCUCACUAUAUGCCGGACUGGCAGAUGCAACAAGUGCUGUGCACAUCCCUAGGGGAAUCAUGGGCCGAUAAUUUUACAUCAUUCGGUCGUAUACCGUUCGCAGCUGCGAGCAUCGGUCAGGUGCAUCACGCUGUCCUUGCUCCAAGUCAGAGUCCAUCUAGCAACGACGGCCAACGCGUUGCUGUGAAGAUCCAGUUCCCGAACAUUGCUAACUCAAUCGCGAGCGACCUUGGCUACGUUAAAAUGAUGCUCACUGCGGGAAGCUUGCUUCCGCGGGGGUUGUUCUUGGAUCGUACAAUUCAAGUGAUGAAAGACGAACUUGCUGACGAAUGCGACUACUCGCGGGAGGCAACUUUCCUCGAGAGGUAUGGGAGCCCGGAUUAUCUUGGCGCAGACGUACGGUUCAAGGUCCCAUGGGUGUGGCCAGGUAGCACAGAGCGUGUUCUUGUAAUGGAGUAUGUAGAAGGCGUCAGCAUUGGGGAUGCUGUAAUUGGAGCUUUACCGCAAGAAGAGCGGAACGAGAUUGCAUCGCGAAUCAUCGAGCUCUGCUUACGGGAGCUCUUCCAGUUCAGGCUCAUGCAGACGGACCCUAACUUCACGAAUUUUCUGUGGGACUCAAAGGCACAACAGCUAUCACUAGUAGACUUUGGCGCAACACGUGAGUACACGAAAGAAUUCAUGGACAGCUGGCUGCGCCUCCUUCAAGCCGCUGCGUCUGAGGACCGUGUCGCAUGUGCAGAAUGGAGUCAGAAACUUGGAUAUCUCACUGGAGAGGAGAAUGAGGCCAUGCUCAAUGCGCACAUCGAUUCCAUGGUCCUUCUAGCUACCCCCUUCAAACCCACGACCUCGCAGCCCUUCGCAUUUGGAUCUGGGACGCCAUGGGCCGACAUCACGGCUCGAAUACGUGAUAACAUACCUGUGAUGCUUAAGCAUAGGCUGACGCCCCCACCGAGGGAAACCUACAGUCUGAAUCGAAAAUUGAGUGGGGCGUUCUUACUUGCUUCGAGGUUGCGUGCUGUGGUAGACACCAAGAAGCUUUGGGACCAAGUGACCAAUCAGUACAAGUUUGAUUGACGCUGUCCGGUCCAGUG